CCAACAAGCCUGAACCAUCCUUCCACCAAUCCUUCCAUCUCAGAGAGCAGUUGGUAUCCCCAGCUGGCCCCCUCUCACAAGGUGCCUUGCACUGUGCCUAUAUAUUAGAUGCAGAGCCCAAUAUCAGCAGUUCUGCUGAUAUUGAUGUACUUUUUGGCCUUUUGGCGCAAUGGGGCUCUGCAUUGUUACAGUGUGUCUGCCUUACUCCUGUCAAACUCUUCCUGCAAAAGCGGCUGCUUAUGAUCGUCAGUGCCAUUUGGUGGACACAUGUACAACAAGCUUGGCUUGCCAGCAACAACAUUUGGUCAUUUGUUUUGCUUUUGGAUUCAAUGAGAAUUCCAGGUCUCUACAAAGGCUUGGAUCUUGCAACAAAGAACAGGGAUGUAGAUGGCUCCAAGAGCAAUCAUAUCUGCAAAACUGGUCUUUGAGAACAGAUUAUGUGUCUGCAGGUCAUGGAAGUAGAGCUUUAAUAGCUGUAUUAGUCUGUAUUAGUCUAGGUUGGUGACGGGAUAACUUACACUCCACCGGAACAGUAUUGUGCCCGUGCGCCUUGUGCCUGGAGUCGGGUCGUGCCCCACCAACAACAUGCUCACCACCACAAAGAUGAGGUUCUUGUAAC